AACGUUUUAAGCAUCGUGAGUUUUAUCAGCUAUCGAAUAUAGUUUGAAAUACAGCACAGAAUGCGUAGUUAUAUAACGAGGUUAUUAGUGGUGGAUUUAUUACUCAUCACACACAAAGUGCACAGCUUCCAGAUACGCGAUGCCGAUUUAAAUCGGAUUUUAGAUUACUUGCGAGAGGACAAAUAUGAAGAAAGCAAUAAAAGUAAUUUGGAAAGUAAGGAAAUCGUACCCGCUAUUCCAAGCUUAAAUAGAGGACUAAGCGGUGUUUAUCGAACAUCUCAAUAUAGUAACGACGAUGGGGAAAGUAGGGUCUUGCGUGAUAUCACUGAUACCGCGCCGAAUUUUGAAGAUUUAGCAAAAAUUUUAACCCAAAAAUCACAACCAAUAAAUACACGUCUGCCUACAUUCGAUCGAGAGGCUUCUGUUUCGAAAUACAAUGACGGAGGGAACAAUGCUCAUGAUUAUUCAAAAGUAUACUUGGUUUUGGAUCCCCGAGCAAAAAUUAAUAAUGCGGAUUUGAAAAGCAUAGGCGAUAUAGUAUCGUCACUUUUAUCUGGUAAAGGAAAAAUGAAUAAAAACCCAAAACCUAAAAAGCAGCAACGUUAUAAAGGAUUUGCUGUAAUCGAUGAUUUUUUGGCAAGACGAAGAAAUAGAGAUUCCAAUGAGAAAUUUUCAAAGGAUUCAAUUGAACGUGAUUACAAGCAGAAAAGAGCGAGGAAUGAUUACAGCGGAGGCUCUGGGCGCACUGCGAUACCAUAUAUAGGACAUCGAGCUGAUAUUUAUGAAAGAGAAUAAUUUGUGAUAUAUAACAUGAAAUA